GAAAUACUUUCGUACUGUUUUACAGCUCUGCGUUACUUUUCGCAGGUGUUGUAUUUCUGCAAUACUACGGCUGAUUAAUUGCGGUUUACUAUUUCGACGGGAAACUAGAGAUCAUCGUUUUUCUGUAGUGUGACUAGGAUGAAGGAGGAAAAAUCGGAUAAAAUAAAGAGCAUCAUAGACUUUUUUAGCACUCCACUAAAUGAAGCUGAACUACUAGAAGGAGAGAGUAAACCUGAUGCACUCUAUACACUUUGCGAUGAUCCCAUGGAAGCACCCAUCAAGCUUAUCGAUGAACAGCUGAAAUUUGCUGAUCUUAAAACACUUCAGAAUCUUUUCGUUGAUAAUUCUGGGUUUCUUGUUGUUGGCGCUAUUGGUUUGCAGGGGUCAGGAAAAUCAUCUAUUUUAAAUAUUUUGGCAAAUCAUAUUUCUGAUGACUGUUCCAUUUUUGAUGGUCCUUUUGAUGUCCAAAGUGUUGACAACAUAAUAAAUAACAGUCCAUGUACUGGUGGUGUCAACCUAUAUAUUACUCAGGACCGCGUAAUACUUUUGGAUGUUCAGCCUAUUCUCUCGUUUGCGCUUACAAAUUAUCAUAUUCAUAUGGCCACUUCUGCGGAAACGCCAUCUACAUCUGCAAAUCAGACAGGAAAUUCACCCCUUACGGGUCCUGGCAAAUGGAACUUAGAAGUAUGGGCUGAAAUGGCAUCUAUGCAGUUAGUGGCAUUUUUGGUAAACGUAUGCCAUGUGGUACUCGUUGUCAGUGACAAUCUAAACACUGCACCAACUCAAUUACAUCGAUUUAUAGACAGAGCAAUCAGUUUGAAACCCACUGUUUUUACACCGAAUGUGAUUCCAUCUCAUGCAAUGAGUGAUCGAAAAUCGUCUAAUAUUCGUAAAAAGUCUUCUAACAGUACUGUUAAUUGUUCAGAAGUGAAAAAUUUAACAACUGCAGUACAACGUUUAGAAAUUUCCCAUUCUAAUGGUGUUACAAACUUACCCGUUGGUAAUGAGGGUGAUGACGUCAGUGAAUUAGAAGACGACGUCGCAUCUUUAUCCGAACAAUAUCAUCAAGUUUGCAGUAAUUUUCCUACAUCGAAUCACUUUCUUCGACGGUAUCUUCAGUCAGCUGAAGCUGAGUCUAAAGAUGUUUCAAAUGCAAUAAAUCGUUUGAUAAAUUUAACUGACUAUUCGGCCUCACUAAUACAUGUAUAUAAUCAGGCCCCAGCAGCCGCAUUUCUCAGUCCCGAUUUUUGCGAGAAACUAGACCGAUACAAAAAUAAGAUACUUCCACUUCUGUAUCCGGAGUAUAGGAGAUUAAUGUCACUGGUUACAGCUGGUCCAAGGAUAUUAUCAGCCCAUCUACAAUCAAAAAGUCGUGACCAAUGUACGACUGCGCAUCGAAAUAACAUUUCGAAUAAUGCUCCAACACUAAUUAAUUCAGACACUACUGUGAUCAAAUUACCCACUAACAAUAGCCCUGGAAACCGUAUAGUUCCUGAUAAUUCUGUUGCUCAGGGCUUUUCAGGUUCUCCAGAUAAUUCAAGUGGUUCAAGUGAUGAUUCCCAGGAAAAUUCUGCCGCAGCAACACCACCCGUACAUUCUGCAUCCAAUGAAUGCCCUGAACUAUCAUUAACCCCAUCAGACAAAGAUCCUUUGUCCUCACAAAAAACUGAUGAUGUCGAAGACUUCAGUCCUCAAACGUUAGUUUCGUCUGAAGUGGAAGAUGAAUCAAAAACAGAUGCUGCUCAAUGUCUCCCUUCACCAGUCAAAAGUCAGGAGAAAUCAGAGAUUGUUACAACUGAGAAUUUUGAUGGACAUAUCACAUCGAAUAAUAAUAAUAAUACUAAUAAUAAUGACGCUGAUAAUAAUAAUUGUACCAAGAAAUUCGAUUCAGCCUCGUCAAAUAUAGUUUCUCAAUGUUGCAGUGUCUUGCGAAGUAUAGAAGAUGAACUGAAUUGUACUACUAUUGAAGACAACGUAUCUCCUGAUGAUCUUUCCACGAAGGAUGCUGAUAUAAAAGUGUCGGAAUUAUUGUCAUUUGAAGAUGACUUAACAAAACAUAAUCUAGUGCAUAUUCCUAAGAUUAACGGUGAAACAUUGAAUGUCAGUCGUAUGGAAAUGCAUCGUAAUGUACACACUACUAGACGUGACUUCUUUGAUGUUCAAAGGAGACUAGAUAAACCACGAUUAUUCUUGAUACCAGAAGUAAAUAGUAAAGGCCAAACACCAACAGGAUGUCCAACAUACAUGACUUCUGUACGUAUUUUACAGGAAGCUGUUUUCUCUACACCUCGGCAGCAUAUGAUGCCAAAUUUUAAUGAGAAAAAGUGGAUUACGUAUGCUCAUAAAAUGUGGGAUGCGGUUACACAUUCUCCAUUGUUGAUGGAUUAUCAUUCAGUACUAUUGGACGAAUUAUAACUAACUCCCUUCAGUGCCAACACAACUGUGUAUAUAGUAAUAAUCAUAAUGUUUAUAAUACCUUCAUUCUACGAAUAAAAAUUUGCAUUCCUUAAUGUCUUUGCCCUGUAAGCAGCUGACGAGAAGGCGACGAAAUAAAACAUGGUACCAUUUUAUUCUGCU